GGCAGCAGCCACCCGAUGUCUUCGGCGCCCGAGAAGCAGCAGCCACCGCACGGCGGCGGCGGCGGCGGCGGCGGCGGCGGCGGGGGAGGCGGCGCGGCCAUGGACCCCGCGUCGUCCGGCCCGUCCAAGGCCAAGAAGACGAACGCCGGCAUCCGGCGCCCGGAGAAGCCGCCCUACUCGUACAUCGCGCUCAUCGUCAUGGCCAUCCAGAGCUCGCCCACCAAGCGCCUGACGCUCAGCGAGAUCUACCAGUUCCUGCAGAGCCGCUUCCCCUUCUUCCGCGGCUCCUACCAGGGCUGGAAGAACUCCGUGCGCCACAACCUCUCGCUCAAUGAGUGCUUCAUCAAGCUGCCCAAGGGCCUCGGGCGGCCGGGCAAGGGCCACUACUGGACCAUCGACCCGGCCAGCGAGUUCAUGUUCGAGGAGGGCUCCUUUCGGCGGCGGCCGCGCGGCUUCCGAAGGAAAUGCCAGGCGCUCAAGCCCAUGUACAGCAUGAUGAACGGGCUCGGCUUCAACCACCUCCCGGACACCUACAGCUUCCAGGGCUCUGCCGGCGGCCUCUCGUGCCCGCCCAACAGCCUGGCGCUGGAGGGAGGUCUGGGCAUGAUGAACGGCCACUUGCCGGGCAACGUGGACGGCAUGGCUUUGCCCAGCCACUCGGUGCCCCACCUGCCCGCCAACGGCGGCCACUCGUACAUGGGCAGCUGCGGCGGCACGGCGGCCGGCGAGUACCCGCACCACGACGGCUCAGUGCCCGCCUCCCCGCUGCUGCCCGCGGCGGCAGGCGGGGUCAUGGAGCCCCACGCCGUCUACUCCGGCUCCGCGGCCGCCUGGCCUCCCUCUGCCUCGGCGGCGCUCAACAGCAGCGCCUCCUACAUCAAGCAGCAGCCCCUGUCCCCUUGCAACCCCGCGGCCAACCCCCUGUCCGGCAGCCUCUCCACGCACUCCCUGGACCAGCCGUAUCUGCACCAGAACAGUCACAACGCCCCUGCUGAGCUGCAAGGCAUCCCGCGGUAUCACUCGCAGUCGCCCAGCAUGUGUGACCGAAAGGAGUUCGUCUUCUCUUUCAACACCAUGGCAUCCUCGUCCAUGCACUCGGCCGGCGGCGGCUCCUACUACCACCAGCAGGUCACCUACCAAGACAUCAAGCCCUGCGUCAUGUAUAACCGUCAGCAGAAGAAAAGGGUUUGACCCCUCCCCAACCGGAUUAUUGGGAAAGGGAUCCCGUGAGGCAAAGACCGAGCGAGGUCGGCACCUCCCCCCCACCACCACUCCCUCAACAGUUUUUUUAAUGGUGAUGGCGGGGGCCUGAUCUGACUGCAGCUGUUGAUAAAUAAGUAUCUAUUUUUGAUCCGACUGAAACCGGCUGAGAAGGUGCUGUGUUGGGGAAGAACUCUCAACAUCUGAACACACAUUUCUGCUAUGGUCUCUCCCCAUCUCCCCCUCCAACGGCAAACGUCGGGGAAGGUUUUUAGGAGAAAG